GGCGCCAUGUUGGGUUGGUCUCCGACUCCGCCGUGGCGCCAUGUUAGGUGGGUCUCCCACUCCACCGUGGCGCCGGAGAGACACUUAGUGCGGUGGUGACACUGAAUCGACGCAACCCGAGGAGGCCCUGAUGCCCGCCUAACGCUUGCUGUGGGAGCCCAGCUUGUGCAGCACCAGAGCUGAUCCAGGGCAAAGCGUUUAUUGGCUCAGCUACACGUAGACCCGUUUCGGCUCUUUGGUUUUGGGUUUUUUUCCUCUCUCCUUCCCCUCCCCAGGAGCCCUGAGUGCAGGACCUGGGGCCUUUUCUGCUGGCCGAGAGCAGCUUCACAGCAAAGAGGAGGCCUUUGUGGUUGGAAGACCUGUCUUUUGGCUAGACAGAAAUGCACCGUGGCCGCAGGACCUCCAGUCUCCCACAGACUUAAUCCCUGACAAGGACACCUACCCAUGGUCACCUUAUUGUUGAAGUGUGGAGCAGAUCCCAGCCUUACUGAUGGGGCAGGAUUCAGCAGCAUUCAUUUGGCAGUGCUGUUUCAACACAUACCCAUUGUAGCUUACCUCAUAUCAAAGGGCCAGACCAGAGCCCACAAGUUUUCUACUAAAGUUUAACCCCUCCCUCAAUGCUGUGGACAACGUCCAGAAGAACACUGCGCUGCACUGGGCAGUAACAUCAGGAAAUGUUAGUGCAGUGGAGCUACUGCUAGAAGCUGGUGCUAACAUGGACAUAAAAACUGUCAAGGGAGAGACAGCCCUUGACCUUGCAAUUCAAACUCAGAAUUGCUUCGUCAUUUAUAUGUUAAUGGAGGAAGGAAGAAUGAGAAGCAAAAGGAAUAACAGGUUACUGAGAAUAAUGGAGAAAUACGAGCUGUUCCUGCUGCUGGCGUCUUGCUUGACUGUGUUGUGGGCCAUAGGAUACGUAAUGAACUUAAGUUCUGAUUCUUGGCUUUUGAAAGGAUGCCUGCUUCUCUUUCUGCUGGUUGGGAUGGCUCUGUCUGUGAGGCAGUCUGUGGGAGUCAAGAAUCUGAGGUAUCUUCCCACAGCACUGAUGCUAAGUUCCGUCUUUUGGAUGUCUGUGACGUGGUUUUUCUGGUUCAUGCCUGAUGUGACCAAUGCCAUUGUUGAGAUCCCUGUCAUGUUCAGCCUAGUGGGUCGUCUUUAUUUUUUCUAUAAAGCCUGGAGGACUGAUCCUGGAUAUAUUAUGUCUUCAGAAAAAGACAAAAAAGAGAACAUUGCAGCUCUAGCAGAAGCAGGGUGCUUGGACUUCAGAACAUUCUGCACGUCAUGUCUUGUAAGGAAGCCUUUGAGAUCUGUGCACCGCGUUCCUUGUGAUUCAUGUGUAGCCAGAUGUGAUCAGCAUUCUCUGUGGAUUGCACAGUGCAUAGGAACUAACAUAUUAAAUUGUACGGAAGCUGGGAAGAGACCAGUUGAUGUUUGCUGCCAGCUUAAGAAUGAGAACACUUACUGGCUCUACCACUAAUGCUGAAGGAAAAGAAUGAUGUCUGAAGAGAGGAGAGAGAAGGAUCACUUUUUAUAAAAUGAAGUUAAAAGACUGGAAUUUAGCGAGAAAAUUUGGAGAGCCCAUUCUCAGCUGUGCUGAGAAGGAAGAGGGAAACAGAACUAAGGAACACAGAAUCACUUAAAAUUAAGCUUGCUGUAACCAAGCGAGCUUGUAUUUCUGCACAAGUUUCCAAGACCUGCUAGGUCAAUUGUAAAUGCUUGUGCUUACUCCACCAGCAUAUCUUCAUCCAGGAGGGAGUAAAAGAUUGUGAUUGCUUCCAAACAGAAAUAAACAUUAAUGCCUCUCCUGAGUCUCUUAAGAAUAUGCAUUUUUCAACAGUGCAGUGUUAGUAUGGAGGGAAGUUGACUCCUAUGUGUUGAAACACACUUCAUGUGUAAUACCCUUCUGGUGUGACACAGGCAUUAUGUGUUUAUGGAUCUAGGCAGUGAAGGUGCAAUCUCUGAUGCUGACCUCAGUAUGGUACUGGUAGACCAUCAGCCCCAGCAGCAUGGAUCCAGAAAGGCAUUCCCUUUGCAAAGAUUUUACAUUCUAAAAUCUUUAUUCCUAGUUGCUAAAAUGAAAUAAUGAAAUGAAAUGAAUAAAACGGAGAUGCUGCAGGGGCCUUUUCUCCCCUUGCUGCUGCUUUUCUUUUUGUUGUUGUUGUUGUUCCUGCACAGAAUCUGUGAUUCUGCACGCUGCUGGGUUCGAGGCACCUGGAACUGCUGCUGCCCAGCUAAGCUUGCCGUCCUUCACACAGUUUCCUCUCUGGCAAGAUUUUGAAGAUUAUGAAGAAUAUAAACGUGCAGUAAAAACUCGAAUUCACAGCUAGAGGCUGCACCUCCUCUGGGUAACAGAUUAGCUGGCUAGCCAUCAGCUGAGCAGAUCAUGAGACCAUAAAGCAAUGAAAGAAAACAGCUUGCUAGACUUUGGAACUACCUCCAUUGAACUUAGGCUUUUGCCUCUGAAAUUAACAUGCUUCUGUAGGUAAAUGGAUUUCCUUAACAGCCAAAAGGCUGGUCCUGAAGUAGAAAGAGCUGUCAAAAAUCAGUCUGGCUAAAAGUAGUACGGUGUCCAACCCCUCAGGGAAAGCUUCAAGUUUGUCACUAAAACAGAACAAGUCCACGAUGAGAGAUUUGUUAUUUUUUUUCUUUUUGCCUUACAGGCCUUUCUUCUUGUAAGUAGACAUGUUAGACACUUUGAGAGCUCUAUCUGGAAUGUUAGUGUGCAGUUCUACACACACAAAAAAACAACAUUUAAGAAAUUACUAUGAUAAACAUACAUUAUUCAGGAUUUUGCAUUACUUACCUUUCAUUUCCCGUUUUUCCUUCUUUGCUCAUCUUGUACUGUGUACAAGGUACCAUGUACUGGAGGAAAGGUACAAUAUAUAAGCUCCAUUUUGAAUUAGACCAUGAACUGCCUUAGUGACCUAGUCUGAAUGUAGUUUGGACUAAAGUCCCUAGAUCCCAUACUAGCCAGUGAAUCAUUCCACCCCUUUCCUCUCACUGAAUUUAGAUCUUCCUGGAUCUUUGGGGAUCUCUUCUUUAGAGCUACAAAAUGUGGCCUGAGCUGGGAGAAUCUUGAUAUAUAUUUGUACAGUGUCUCCUUGGAAGUGUUUAUGAAACCUCUUGUACUUAAAGAAAGUAUUUCUUGAGCAGGCUCUUGUUUUUAUUUCUCACAAUUGUUUCAUUUGAAUAUCUUGCUAGCUCCUCCGUAACUGUAGUAUUGCUGCCCUCCUCCUAAAAGCACUGGUUAAAGGGAAGCAAUGUCAUCUCCUUGUGCAGGGUUAUGUAUUAAUUAUAGAAGGAGCAAAUUGCUGUGUCUUCAAAUUGUUGGCAACUCUUUUGGUUUUUGUGACAAGCCUGCUGUUAAGCCUUAGAUAAGGUAAAAACUUCUGAAAUUUUUACUUUAGCUUCUAUUCUUUGUCACUGUAAUGUAGUAGGUCUCUACAUCAGCCUACACUUCUCAUUUAACCCAGAACUAUUUAAAGAAGUUUAAGGAAACAUUAUGAAGAUGACAGGACAGUGCUUUUAUUGUGUUAAAAGUGAAUACAUUGGUGCAAAACGAAGAUUGAAAAUUAAACCUUAAUUAAAUCAAGCCUUAAACAGGAAAACACAGGAAGUUGGUUAUUCAAUUCAAGCUUUUUGAUUCCCUUUUAGCUCUGUUAAAAUCUGUGAGUAUGGCUUUAUUGUUUGGAAUAUUUGCAUGUUGGAGUUUCAGUCUGUGGCUUUUUGUAUGGAUGCAUUCUUCAUGGUGUGUCUACUGCUGUGGUCUUGUAUUUCAGUUACGCAGCUCCUUCAAGCAAGCUUUUGGUAAAAAGAAAUCUCCCAAGUCAGCAUCUCCUCAUUCAGAUAUUGAGAAGAUACAGGUUCUUCAUUGCCUUCAUCGCCAAAGCUGCCACACUAUAAUUCUACUGUUUCUACACCAUUGCUGAGAGCUUCUCAUUCCAAUUCUCUGUAAGUGAUUUCUAUUUUUAUUUUUUAAAUGGAAAAAUGGGUGGAAAGCAUCUUAGUACGCAGUUAGAGGAAAAGAGCAAAAUCGUGCUUUUGAUAGGUCCAGCGUUUAUAUGCUAGUUCUGUGGGACAUCUCUAGGCUGCUUUCUA